AUGGGAGUCGACCUUCUAGAUGAUGGUGAGCAGCGCUCUCAUCAAGUUCAUCCGCCUAUGAAUAUUGCGCUGGCGACGCCGCUAUUUGUUCUUGCUGGAGCUAUCGUGAUCCUGUCUUUCGCGCGCUUUCUGAUAAAUCUGCAACACCGCCGACGACUUCGAGCGAUCAUUCGAGACGAAGAUCAAGAGAAGUUCACGCAGAGAAGUGGCCUUAUGGCCAGCCUCAACAAACAUAUCUUUUAUGCGCCGAUACUAUCCACUCGCCAUAGUCGCGAAUUCCGCCUCGGAAAAGUUCACAUGGGGACUGUGCCACUACGAAUAGAGACCAUACUAUUGACAGGAUACAUUGGGAUAAACCUCGCCUUUUUUGUCUCUCUGAUCGACUGGUGGAAGGAUUACCAGGAAGUGUUAUACCAGCUCAAGUACGCCGCUGGACAUCUUGCGGUAAUGAAUACGCCUGGGCUGGUGUUGACCGCUGGCCGGAACAAUCCCUUAAUUCCUCUUUUGGGCACUCAAUUUGAUGCUUUCAAUCUUGUACAUCGCUGGGUUGGUCGAUUAGUGGUUGUCGGUUCAAUCGUCCAUGUUUCUUGUGUGGUGGUUGCGAGAGUUGCGGAAAGUAGUAUGCAGGAGACUGCAAAUGCCAUUUGGCAAAUCCCAUUUUUUAUCUAUGGGAUGGUCGCCUUUAUCGCAUUCCUUCUCAUCCUCAUUCAAUCCGUCUCGCCACUUCGACAUGCUUUUUACGAAGUUUUCCUUCACCUACAUAUCCUCCUAGCAGUAGCCGCAUUUGUGGGGCUAUGGUAUCAUGUCCGUGGGCUCACCCAGCAAUACGUGCUUCUUGCCACAAUUGUUCUAUGGGGAUUAGAGAGGGCCGCUCGUCUACUCAGCCUCAUCUGGCGCAACUGGGGUAAGCAACACACUGUUGCCAAUGUUGAACUGCUUCCCGGAAAUGUUGCUCGAGUGAAUGUUGCCGUUGCUAGGACCUGGAAAUUCAAGCCAGGACAGUACAUGUACCUCUACGUUCCGAAGUUAGGGCUCUGGACUUCUCACCCGUUCUCAGUGGCUUGGACGGCUUCAGAGGAGAACACCAUUGCAGACAAGAGAGACUCUAGCGACUCCUUCAACCUGCUGCUUGAUGAAAAGCAGCGACCUACUGUGUCAUUUCUCAUCAAACGACGAGACGGCUUUACUUGCAAGCUUCUGCGUAAGGCCAUGGAUGCCGAUGAACGCCAGUUUCGCGCAACUGCCUUUGCAGAGGGGCCAUUCGGGGGGCUUCACUCCCUAUCUUCCUACGGAACUGUGCUCUUGGUAGCAGGUGGAAUUGGGAUCACUCACCCAAUAUCAUACUUGCAUGAGUUUGUAGAAGGAUUCUCUGCGCGGACUAUCGCCGUGCGGAAAAUGAGCCUGAUUUGGGUGAUCCGGAGUCUCGACCACCUGUCUUGGAUCCACCCCUGGAUAGUAUCUCUAUUCGACCAUCCCUCUCUACGCUGCAAGCCGCAGCACCCUUACCAGCCCCAAGGCCUCUCUCUAUCUAUCCAGAUACAUGUAACUGACGCUGAAUCCAGCGGAGAGGAGUACAUGUCUGACGAAAGCCCCUGGGCCUUGACUGCACCUCCAGGUGUAACAGUCAGUAUUGGCUUUGGAAAGCCAUGUUUCGGCCACAUUGUAGAGACUGCAAAGAAGUCUCAAGUAGGGGCUAUGGCUGUUAGUGUGUGCGGACCCGGUAAAAUGGGCGAUGAUGUCCGACAGUCCGUCCGCAUGGCGCAGGACUCCCGGACGGUAGACCUCUACGAAGAGACCUUCACCUGGUAG